GGGAUUUCUGAGCUUGGUUCUGCAGUCAGUCUCAUUGUAGCCGCUCCGCUCUGCUUCCUUUGUUCAGUCCGCUUCCUCUCGAUGCGAAUGUGCGAGUGCGGAGUGUCAGCAGACGUCGUGCAUCUGUUCUGGAGCCAAGCAGGUACUCACAGAGGUUGUGCUAGGGUACGCAUCGUCGGCAAGGGAUCGACUCCAUCGACAGACUGUCUGGCCCGAGUUUCAUCGGCUUGCCCUGCCUCAAUUUGCUUUCACGAGAGCCAAGUAGGAGAGCAGAAGCAGUUGUCAGAGCGAGUCUGGCCCGAGGUUCAUCAGCUAGCCCUGCCUCAGUUCGCUUUCACGGGAGCCAAGUAGGAGGGGCAGAAGCAGUUGUCAGAGCGAGUGCCUUGGUCGCGGUUGGGCAAGCUAGUGAGUGGCCAAUUCUGCCGUACGCCACGCGCAUGCAAUAUUCAAGCUAGUGUGAACUGUUCGUGAUUGGGCUGGUCGCUAUUAGGAACUUGGAAUCUCAGCCGGACGUGAAGCAGCGCACGCAGGAUACAAAGAUAGGAGCCGAUUUCAAUCAAGGGACAUCGAGAUGCAAGCGACGAGGCAGUUUCUGGAGGUUCCAAGCAUGCUGGAUCGAGAUCUGCGGAGCUCGAGGGCAGUUUCGACAGGGGACUCAAUGAUGGCGCCGUCAACACUGUCAGGAUUGGGGGAGCCGAACAGAACGGAGCCAGGAAACACGGGGCUUAUCCCCAAGUAUAAGAUCAUCAAUGCAACGCUCAAUGGGCCCGAUUACGUUCCAUCGGAGGCACAGAUUCUUGCUGCGGAGAUGGCGGAGGAGUUCUACGGCACGCAGGUAACGUUCGUACAUGCCGACAAGGAUACUUUCAAAAGCAUCGUACAGAAGCUUACGGGAAACUCCAGUGUAGAUUCCCAAAGUCAGGCCGCCGCACGAUUGCCUGCUCAGCGAGCCACGGGCAGCGGCUGCGAUGCAAGGCGAAAACCUUCGAGCUCCACGGCGAGUGUUCCCCCAGCGACGUGCAGAGCUAAAGCUAGACCUAGCACAGGGGUGCAGAAGAUGGGGUUAAUGCAAAGGCAUAAGCUGAAGAUAGUGCAGGAGGAUUUCCUGAAAGGGCCUUCUACGCUUGUGAGCCCGGUCUCCGUUCUAGAAACCAGAUCUGAAUUCGAGCACAGCUCUCCGGAGACGGGAGGCAUGGAGUUAUCAGAUUGCUAUCAAUCUUGUAGAGUAGAUGUACAUUUUGGGGGGAUGGGAGUAUCUUUGUUUCCAAAUAUUGUUCAGCCAAAUUACCCUAAGCUUCUAUCCUUGUUUCCCGAAACUCCUCAACAUGACAGAUGAAGGAGUUAUCUGUGUCUCGAGCACAUGAUAUUGUAGAUAAUUCUGUUAAAAUUUCAAAACCUUGUAAAAUCAUCCUGAUGCAACUAUCGAGUUGCAUCUCAUAGAAAAUAUCUUCGUCUGUAUUCAAUGUACUGUAAAAUAUAUAUGGUACAAGUUUGAGAAAAGUUCAAUCUGCG